UGAUUUUUCCCCUUCCCUUUGUGGUCUUAACUUAACAAGGUAGAUGGCAAAUCUUCAGGCAGGGCUCGGAACUCAUUGAACACACAAUGAAUUCGCUCCAUAAUUUGUGGUGCUUUUGCUUCGUUCGAGACAUAUUCAAUCGAUCCUUGUACGUAUGGUCUCGAGCAAGAGUUGUAGCCGUGACCUAAUUGCAGCAAAAUGAUGGCAGAGGGAGGGCGUUGCUUAGCUUUGCUAAGCAGUUGCUGGCUGGAUGAGAGUUUGUUGGUUGGUCGGUCACAGACGAUUUUUAUCUGUGUCGAGGUGGCUGGAAUCGAGGGAGGAUGGAUGGCCCGUAUGUAUUGAGAAUCGGAGGUGGUGGUGGGGGAGACGAGGCAGAGGUCAGUGAGGGAAGAAGAGGUUUGCCGGCCGGCAGGAGGAAACGGAGGGAGGAGACGAGACGGUUAAGGGGCCGGGUGGGGAUGAGGCUGAGACGAGGGCGUUGAUUGAUUUUGAGACUUUAAGGGGGGAGAGAGAGAGAGAGACGAAAGAGCUUCCAUUUUCCAGAGAGAAGAGAUCAGUGGAGGAGAAAGAAGAAGAAGAAGAGCGUUAAGAUGGAAGAGAGACAGAGAUAAGGUGCGGACCUGUGAAAUGGAAUUAUAAAUUUAAAAAAAAAAUGGUGAAAAUUAUAUAUCGGUGAGCUGAGGAUCGACCUUCCAAUCGCUCGGAGAUGGCUCGCAAUGGCGUCUCCUUCAUCACCGGAGCUCAGCUUUUGUCCCUCCGGCGCCACCCCAAUAUCCCCGUUAUCGACGUCAGGGAUGAAGAGAGGAGCUAUGACGGGCACAUACCGGGCUCUCUGCACUUUGCUAGCGACUCCUACUCCGAUAAGAUCUCCGAUCUCAGUCAGACCGUGAAGGGGAAGGAUACCCUAGUUCCCGGCAGCGUUCUUCUUGAUAGUGGAUCCUGUUAAUUUCUUUUCGACAAAUUUACUGCUCGAUGCCGACAGUUGUUCUUAGUCGAUUAGCUCCUGUUUCUUAUACUUGAGGGAGCAAUUCCAAUAUGAGUUUUGAUUUCUCAUCCUGAA